AGCGAGCACAGCGCCCAGGCGGCCCAGCCUCCUCCCCGACGCCGGCGCGCAAGUUUGGCGGCUCCGAGCCCGGCGCGCCUCGGCCCCGCGCCCUUGGUUCCAGCUGGCCGCGGCGCGCCCUGCUCGGCGGGGACCCUCGGGAGCGAUGCCGGUGGACGUGAUUUUAGUUUUGGGGUUCUGUGUGUGCGCCGCCAGGACAGUGGUGGGCUUGGGGCUGGACCCUGACCUUCAGAUGGAUAUUAUCACAGAACUUGACCUUGUCAACACCACCCUCGGAGUCACUCAGGUGCCUGGACUGCACAAUGGCAGCAAAGCAUUUUUAUUUCAAGACACAGAAAGAGAGAUCCAUGGAGCUCCUCAUGUGAGUGAGAAGUUAAUCCAGUUGUUCCGGAAUAAGAGUGAAUUCACCUUUUUGGCCACUGUGCAGCAGAAGCCAUCGACUUCUGGAGUGAUACUGUCCAUUCGAGAACUGGAGCACAGCUAUUUUGAGCUGGAGAGCAGUGGCCUGAGGGAUGAGAUUCGAUAUCGCUACAUGCAUAAGGGGAAGCCCAGGACAGAGGCAUUUCCCUACCAGAUGGCAGACGGGCAGUGGCACAAGGUCGCUCUGUCAGUUAGUGCCUCUCACCUCUUGCUCCAUGUGGACUGCAAUCGGAUUUAUGAGCGCGUGAUAGAUCCUCCAGAGACCAGUCUUCCCCCAGGAAGCAACUUAUGGCUUGGUCAGCGCAACCAGAAGCAUGGCUUAUUCAAAGGGAUCAUCCAAGAUGGGAAGGUCAUCUUUAUGCCGAAUGGAUACAUAACCCAGUGUCCAAACCUAAAUCGCACUUGCCCUACCUGCAGUGAUUUCUUAAGCCUGGUGCAAGGAAUAAUGGAUUUACAAGAGCUUUUGGCCAAGAUGACUGCAAAACUAAAUUAUGCAGAGACAAGACUUAGUCAAUUGGAAAACUGUCAUUGUGAGAAGACCUGUCAAGUGAGUGGGUUGCUCUAUCGGGACCAAGACUCUUGGGUUGAUGGUGACCAUUGCAGGAAUUGCACAUGCAAAAGUGGCGUUGUGGAGUGCCGGCGGAUGUCCUGUGCCCCUCUCAGUUGUUCCCCAGACUCCCUCCCUGUGCACAUCUCUGGCCAGUGCUGUAAGGCCUGCCGACCAAAAUGUAUCUAUGGAGGAAAAGUUCUUGCAGAGGGCCAGCGGAUUCUCUCCAAGAGCUGUCGGGAAUGCCGAGGUGGAGUUUUAGUAAAAAUCACAGAAACAUGUCCUCCUUUGAACUGCUCAGAAAAGGAUCACAUUCUUCCAGAGAAUCAGUGCUGCCGGGUCUGUAGAGGUCAUAACUUUUGUGUUGAAGCACCUAAAUGUGGUGAAAACUCAGAGUGCAAAAACUGGAAUACGAAAGCGACUUGCGAGUGCAAGAAUGGUUACAUCUCUGUCCAGGGAGACUCCGCCUACUGUGAAGAUAUUGAUGAAUGUGCAGCUAAGAUGCAUUACUGUCAUGCGAAUACUGUGUGUGUCAACCUGCCAGGGUUAUAUCGCUGUGACUGUGUCCCAGGCUACAUUCGUGUAGAUGACUUCUCUUGUACAGAGCACGAUGAAUGUGGCAGUGGGCAGCACAACUGCGACCAGAAUGCCAUCUGCACCAACACCGUCCAGGGACACAGCUGCACCUGCAAACCGGGCUACGUGGGCAACGGGACCAUCUGCAGAGGUAGGCCUGCCCCUCCAGCAUUCUGUGAAGAGGGCUGCAGACACGGUGGGACGUGCGUGGCUCCCAACAAAUGUGCCUGUCCGUCUGGAUUCACAGGAAGCCGUUGCGAGAAAGAUAUUGAUGAAUGUACAGAGGGCAUCGUUGAGUGCCACAGCCAUUCCCGCUGCGUUAACCUGCCAGGGUGGUACCACUGUGAGUGCAGAAGCGGUUUCCAUGACGAUGGGUCCUAUUCACAUUCCGGGGAGUCCUGUAUUGACAUUGAUGAAUGUGCCUUAAGAACUCACACCUGUUGGAAUGACUCUGCCUGCAUCAAUUUGGCAGGGGGCUUUGACUGCCUCUGCCCCUCUGGGCCCUCCUGUUCUGGUGACUGUCCCCACGAGGGAGGACUGAAGCACAACGGACAGGUGUGGACCCUGAAAGAAGACAGGUGUUCUGUCUGUUCCUGCAAGGAUGGGAAGAUAUUCUGUCGCCGGACAGCUUGCGACUGCCUGAAUCCAAGUGCGGACCUUUUUUGUUGCCCAGAGUGUGACACCAGGGUCACAAGUCAGUGUUUAGAUCAAAAUGGACACAAACUCUAUCGAAGUGGCGACAACUGGACCCACAGCUGCCAGCAGUGUCGGUGUCUGGAAGGAGAGGUAGAUUGCUGGCCACUCACCUGCCCCAGUUUGAGCUGCGAGUACACAGCUCUCUUGGAAGGGGACUGUUGUCCCCGCUGUAUCAGUGACCCCUGCCUGGCUGAUAACAUCACCUAUGACAUCAGAAAAACUUGUCUGGACAGCUCUGGCAUUUCAAGGCUGAGCGGAGCACUGUGGACAAUGGCUGGAUCUCCCUGCACAACCUGUAAAUGCAAGAAUGGGAGAGUCUGCUGUUCUGUGGAUUUGGAGUGUCUUCAGAAUAACUGAAGUAUUUAUAAUGGACUCAUCACAGGAGAAAAAUGGACAAACGGCCAUCCAAUAUGAUGAAGAAUAGGAGCUGAUUUUUUUUAUCAUAGAUGAUUACCAAAGUCUCCAUCUGAGGAAGGUGUUUUGGGGGUUGCCUUCGGGACCGAUCACUUUGCUCAUUCCUGAUAACCUAGUCUAGGUGACCUACAGUGCAAUGCAUUUGAGUCUAUGGUUGUUAAAAGAAGUUUCUCGUGUUGUAAAUCAUGUUUCCCUUUCCAGAUCAUCUGCACAUACAUCUAAAUAAUCUCAUGGUAAAUGCUGAUGCACUUUUUGGUUUGUGUACUAAUGUCAAUAGAGACUCAGCACCAUUUACUUAUUAUUUAUUUAUUUUUCUUAAUUUCUGGAUCAGAUUCUGAAAAUAAAAUUGCUUGUUGUGAUUUUGUCCCAUCCACUGAA